AGACGGGGCACAUGAAGGAGACACGUAGACAAACACACUAACACAGCGAGGCAGACAUAGGAAAGGGGGGGAAAAGGAGCAUAAAUGGCAUUGCGUCAUUUACGAUUCUUCCCUCACACACUUCCUCUAACUCUCACUCCCACUCCCAAUCCCAAUAACAGUAACCGUUUUUCCUUCUUCACUCCCUCACUCUCUUCCACCACGCUCAUGGCCACUGCUCACAAGGUCCUGGUUCCCAUCGCCGACGGCACCGAGCCCAUGGAGGCUGUCAUCACCAUCGACGUCCUCCGACGCUCCGGCGCCGACGUCACCGUCGCCUCCGCCUCCGACAACCUCGCCGUCCAAGCUCUCCAUGGCGUCAAGAUCAUCGCCGACGCCCCUGUCCGAGACGUCGCUGCCACCUCCUUUGACCUCGUCGCUCUCCCCGGAGGGUUACAGGGUGUUGAGAAUCUGAGAGACUGUAAAGUUCUGGAAGGGUUGGUGAAGAAGCAUGUUGAGGACGGACGGCUCUAUGCGGCGGUGUGUGCUGCUCCUGCGGUGGUGCUCGGACCUUGGGGUUUGCUGAAUGGGAAAAAGGCGACUUGUUAUCCUGCAUUGAUGGAGAAAUUGGCCGCUUAUGCAGCCGCUACUUCUGAGUCUAGGGUGCAGGUGGAUGGCAGAGUUGUGACCAGUCGUGCGCCGGGAACUACCAUGGAGUUUGCCAUCACUUUGAUUGAGCAGUUAAUUGGAAAAGAGAAAGCAGAUGAAGUUGCAGGUCCAUUGGUCAUGCAUUCCAAUCAUGAUGAUGAACAUACUUUUAAGGAGUUUAACCCAGUGCAGUGGACAUCAGACAAUCCACCCAAGAUUCUUGUACCAAUUGCAAAUGGUUCAGAGGAAAUGGAAGCUGUUAUCAUCAUUGAUAUUCUGCGAAGAGCAAAGGCAAAGGUUGUGGUUGCUUCUGUUGAGGAUAAACUAGAGAUUGUGGCAUCACGCAAAGUUAAACUGGAGGCAGACAUGCUCCUUGAUGAAGCAGCCAAACUUUCAUAUGACCUUAUUGUGUUACCUGGAGGACUUGGUGGUGCCCAAACUUUUGCAAACUCAGAAACCUUGGUGAGUUUGCUGAAAAAGCAAAGAGAAUCAAACAUAUAUUAUGGAGCAAUAUGUGCAUCCCCGGCUUUAGUCUUGGAGCCCCAUGGCUUGCUGAAGGGUAAAAAGGCCACUGCCUUUCCUGUAAUGUGCAACAAGUUAUCAGAUCAGAGUGAAGUAGAAAACAGGGUGGUAGUUGAUGGCAAUCUUAUUACCAGCAGAGGUCCAGGAACCUCCAUUGAGUUUGCAUUAGCUAUUGUGGAGAAGCUGUUUGGACGCAAGUUAGCACUAGAACUUGCAAAGGCAGUAGUGUUUGCACGCCCUUAGGAUUUUUGAACGCGAAGCUUUUUGUACCGAUGCAUUAUAGAUAUGUGUAUGGAUAAUUGAGUGUAUCUGAACCUUCUUGAGUUGUAAAAAUCACGAAUAUAAGUGGUUGCUAAUUACUUUGAUAUCUCAUUGGUAGUUGCUUUCCGACUGCCGUGGAAUCUAAAUUUUACUUGAAUGAAAGGAGAGUGCUGUGGUUUUAAUGCUGUGUAAGAUAAGAUGGUUUUAGUGUUUUUCUUUUUUCUUUUC